UAGAGAAAAAAUAUUUUACGCUUUCAAUGUUUGACAUAUAUACAUUGUUGUGUAUGUGAAUAUUACACAGUAGUAAAGCAGUGUGGUUACAUCGUUUUACGCGAGUAUAACGUGUUGAAAAAGGAACUGAAUUGACAAAAAAGUGUCACGUGGUUAUCUUUGAUUCUUAUUGAGAGGAAAUUUCCUAUAAGAAGAAUAUUUCAUUUCUUAAUUAAAAUUUUCUUCAUUCAAAAACUACUAUUUAGACUGUAAACGGAUUACAACCUAAAGCAAUAAGAAUGGCAGGUUCUCCAGUAUUGAAUGAGAAUAAAACAGAAAUUCUUGAUGAACCUCUCUUCAGCACUCUUGAUAUUAUACUUCUCAGUGCUCUUUUAUUGGCUGCUUUAUGGUGGUUGAUGCGCCGAAACAAACAGGAGGAAUACAUACCCGUCACAAAAUCUUAUUCUAUUCAGCCAACAAUAUUUCCUACAACGCAAACAUUAGAAAAUUCAUUUAUAAAAAAAUUGAAAACUUCUGGACGAAGUUUAGUAGUAUUUUAUGGUAGUCAAACUGGAACUGCGGAAGAAUUUGCCGGUAGAUUAGCCAAGGAAGGUAUCCGGUACAAAAUGAAAGGCAUGGUGGCUGAUCCAGAAGAAUGUGAUAUGGAAGAAUUAAUACAUCUCAAAACAAUACCAAACAGUAUGGCAGUAUUCUGUUUAGCAACAUAUGGAGAAGGUGAUCCUACAGACAAUGCUAUGGACUUUAUUGAUUGGCUAAAAAAUGGUGAUCCUGAUUUAAAUGGAUUAAAUUAUGCUGUAUUUGGUCUUGGAAAUAAAACAUAUGAACAUUACAAUGAAAUAGCUUUAUAUGUUGAUCAUAGAUUAGAACAACUUGGUGCUACUCGUGUUUUUGAACUUGGUUUGGGUGAUGAUGAUGCCAAUAUAGAAGAUGAUUUUAUCACAUGGAAAGAUAAAUUUUGGCCAACAGUUUGUGAAUUCUUUGGAAUUGAAGGUGCAGGGGAAGAUGUUAGUAUCAGACAGUACAAACUAACAGAACAUGUUGAUUUAUUAAUUGAACGCAUUUAUACUGGUGAAAUAGCUCGUCUUCAUUCAUUUAAGAAUCAGAGAGCACCAUUUGAUGCAAAAAAUCCUUUCUUAGCUCCAGUAAAAAUGAAUCGUGAACUUCAUAGUUCAACUUCAGAUAGAUCAUGUAUGCACAUAGAAUUUGAUAUAGAAGGAUCAAAAAUGCGAUAUGAAACUGGCGAUCAUUUAGCAGUAUAUCCUGUAAAUAAUGCAGAAUUAGUAAAUAAAAUUGGAGAAAAAUGUGGUAUAAAUUUAGAUACAGUGUUUACUCUUACAAAUACAGAUGAGGAAUCUACCAAGAAGCAUCCAUUUCCUUGUCCAUGUUCUUACAGAACUGCUUUGACACAUUAUUUAGAUAUUACUAGUAAUCCACGUACUCAUGUUCUGAAAGAAUUAGCAGAAUAUUGCAGUGAUCCAAACGAUAAAGAACAAUUAAAAUUAAUGGCAUCAACCAGUGCAGAUGGUAAAGCUGCUUAUCAGCAAUGGAUAGUUCAAGAAAAUAGAAAUAUUGUACAUAUUUUAGAAGAUAUUCCUAGUUUGAAACCAGCCUUGGAUCAUCUUUGCGAACUAUUACCAAGAUUACAAUGUCGAUAUUAUUCAAUUUCCUCAUCUCCUAAGCUGCACCCAUCUUCAAUUCAUAUUACUGCAGUUGUUGUGGAAUAUAAAACACCAACAGGUAGAAUUAACAAAGGUGUAACUACUAGUUGGUUAAAAGAAAAGCAUCCUUCACAUCCACCAUGUUAUGUUCCUAUUUUUGUUCGAAAAUCUCAAUUUCGUUUACCAACUCGAUUAUCAACUCCUAUUAUCAUGGUUGGUCCAGGUACUGGAAUAGCACCAUUUAGAGGUUUUAUACAAGAACGUGAUCUUGCAAGAAAAGAAGGAAAAGAAGUAGGAAAUACAAUUUUAUAUUUUGGAUGUAGAAAAAAAAAUGAAGAUUUUCUUUAUAAAGAUGAACUCGAAGAAUAUGUAAAGACAGGUACUUUAAUUUUACAUACUGCAUUUAGUAGAGAACAAUCUCAGAAAAUAUAUGUUACACAUCUAUUGGAAAAAAAUAAAGAUGAAUUAUGGCAAAUUAUUGGAGAACAAAAUGGACAUAUUUAUGUGUGUGGUGAUGCAAAAAAUAUGGCACGGGAUGUACACAAUAUUUUAUUAAAAGUUGUGAUGGAAAAGGGAAAAAUGUCAGAAUUAGAUGCAGCGGAUUAUAUCAAGAAAAUGGAUUCACAAAAACGUUAUUCAAGUGAUGUAUGGAGUUGAAUAACGAUAUUUAGUUUCAUAAAUAUUUAUAAAUUAAAUUGUUUAUACAAAUCUUUUAAAAGUGUGCCUUUAUGAAAAAGGCUAAUCAUCUUCGUACAGUUGUAUGAUAUAUAAUAUAUAAUCAUGUAUGAUAUAUAAUAUGUAAUCGUUCAAAAUAUUAAUUAAUAAUUAUAAAUAACAGUAAAAUUAUGGAAGUACUAAAUGUAUUUAUUAUACAUAAGUAGUAAUGAAUUCUGUAUAAAAAUCUAUUUUAUUCUUCGUAUUGUUACAAAUUUUCAAUAUUAAAAUUUUUAUAGAAAC